UUAUACUGUUGACUGUUGCCUCCGAUAACCUUAUCAUCUUGAUAACGAUGAAUGCAAUGCUGUAUUCGAAAUAGCACAUCGUUUAGUCAAGCUUUACGAGCAAUAUCGAGUCUUAGUGGAGCAGCAUCCACCUCCUCAUCCUAGUGUGUUAUACCUUCCGGAGAUGCGUAGCAAUCGCGGGCCAAGACUGGGCUUUAUAGACGUGAUUGACGCAAUUGAAUAUUAAACGAUCCUUCCGCCUACGGCCAGUUACAGGCGCUAGUCGCGCCACAAAUUUCGAUCGGUCGGGUUCGUCGUUGGGAUUCCGAAACAUAAAAGCUCGUGGUAUUGGGAGUUAAAUUGAAUUCGCAUAAUGUCCGCUCUUAGCGGUGACGAAAUUCUACAACCCGGCCAAUUGAUCAGACCCAAAGCUGAUUCGAAAACCGCUGCGGAUCUGGUGCACCGUUUGUACGGAUUGAAUGUGAAGCUGGUCUCCGAGUUGAACGCCUACGACGAUAAGAAUUUCCACGUUCUCUGCGAAGAGGAGUUCGAAAAUCCUGGGAUAACCGAUGUCGAGAGGGACGGCUACGUUCUCAAAAUCACGAACUCUCUCGAUUCGCGGAAGACCGGAUUCGUCGAGGGUCAAACCGCGAUGCUGGACUUCCUCGAGGAGAACGGAAUAAGAGCCCCCAAGCCUGUAAAGAACUUAGAAAACCGCUACUACUCCCUGGAGCUCCUCGGCGACGGAGCGGAGAAACACGUCGUCAGACUCCUGACUUACAUACCCGGAGAUAUUCUCCAUCGGCGCGCCGAUCCCCCGGACGAGCUGCUCGCGGACGUCGGGCGAUUCGCCGCGGAACUCGACGAGGCUCUGAAGAAGUUUCAUCAUCCGGCUUACGAGCAGCACCGCACCCUCUGGAUGCUGAACUCCGUACCGAGGCUGAGGGACUUCGUUCACGCGGUCGAUGAUGCCCGGCGAAGACGAGUGGUGAACGAGGUGGUCGCCAAGUUCGAGGAGGAAGUUACGGGGGGCAUGGAGAUGCUGGAGAAAGGCAUAAUUCACGGCGAUCUAAACGAGCAGAACAUCCUCGUCGACGACGAAGGGAAAAGGGUCGUGGCGGUUAUCGACAUCGGGGACUCCCAAAGGUCUUGUUUGAUAUUCGAGAUCGCGAUCGCGCUCUGCCACAUGCUGCUUCAGGCGGAUGAUAUUUCCAGAGGAAAACACGUAUUGAGAGGGUAUCAGACUGUCAGGAGAAUCCCCGAGAUUGAGAGGAACGUCUUAAAGACAUGCGUAUGCGGACGGCUCUGCCAGAGCCUCGUGCUUGGCGCUUAUUCGUAUAUGAAUGAUCCGGGGAACGAGUAUCUUUUGUCUACUCAAAAGAGGGGAUGGUCGCUUUUGGAGGAGCUUUGGGAAUUGAGUAACGACGCGCUUUUAAAACUGUGGGAAUGAAAUGAUGACACAGGUCUGCACCGAAAAACUGCACAGGCUUUUCUUUUAUACUGUUCGUUAUAAAAUUUCACUCACUGAAAUCGGAAAAAAUACUAUAAAAGUUCCAUCACGUCAGGUUUUUUCUUCAACUCGUGUUUUGUAGUUUCAUUUAGAGUGAAACUCCCGUUUAACUCGAUAUCUGGUAUCCUAUUCUUGAUUAUAAAAGUCCCAUGCAGAAGUGAUUUCUUACUUCCGUUUAAUACGUAUUAGAGUGAGACUCAAGAAUAUAUACAAACAGCGAAAGAGAAAAUGGAAACCGGAAGCGUGCUCGGAGGCGUAUCAACGAGAGGAAGAACAGGUUUCAAAGGUCUUAACCAAUCAAAAGUUUCACAAUGUUAUCGUUGGUUACGGGCCUUUUUUUUUACUCAACAUAAAAUAUUCAAUUCUAUUAUAUAACUAUAUUUUUAAUGAAUUGUUCUGUUUGUUUUUAUUUUGAUUUAACUUCCCAUAAGUCAAUGAAUCCCGUGGUGACGUGCUUGGCAGAGUGACGAAUGUCUAUCACAAAGUUAUAACUUAUUAAGUUACAUAACAACUGCUGCGUGAUUCUGGGAGCACGCCGUUCUAUACUCCCAAGCCAUUAAUUUGAUGUAAUGUACAUAUUAUUUUUACGUCCUUAAUGUUCUCUUUACCAGUAACUCAUUUUUCCAAACGAAUGUAACACAAAUAAUUGAGUUCACUGCUAAAUAUCUUGUGACAGUGUUCAUAAUGUAACGAUCACAUCGCUGUUAUUUAUAUAACGUCAAUAAUAUAUUUCAUCCCGCCAACAUUACGAGACUGCAAUACUUUUUCUCGUAGUGGUAUACCUAUAAUUCAAAACAACGGAAAGAUAUUCCGACUCAGUUUUUGCUAUACGAUUAUUGUCGCAUAGCUUCUGAUUUCUAGAUAACAUAACUGCAACUAGCUAUGUUGGCUGGGUUGUAUUUUGCAAAAAUACUGUAUGUGAUGGAAGAAACUGAAAGUCCUUUGUGGAUUCAGCAUACUCGAAAAUAUAAAACUUACCACAAAAAUCCCGUGCAGCUGCAAUUUCUCGCUUUUUUUUUGCAGACCUGUGUAAAUUAUGCCAGAUAAAAUUGGCUAGUAAAACACGAAGCAUGCGGUACAUGUAUAUACUUUUGAAUUUUUAUUCGUCAUUUAAUGUAAUAUGUAUAAUAGGCAGUUACAUAUUUACAUAGAUAUAAUGUUGAAUCAUAACACUCUCCGCACACUUAAUGUACAUAAUAAUUAUCAUUUUACACAACUAGGAUCGACGUGUUAUAUAUGUACAAAAACUUAAACCUACACAACGAAAUGAAACCUUAAAGUAUAUCGUGUAUAACACACCUAGUUCAUAUUGUUUACGCGUGAACAAUUUUGACAUUUGGCGGCUACUACAAAAUUCAACGUGCGUCGCAUUCGGUGUGUUCAAUAUCUUAUUUCAUUACAACUUUUUCUUCACGUGUCAUAAUUGUGUAAGUAAUAGAAUAAAAAUUACGGUCAAAUUUUAAAUCAAAAUUGAAAUAUAUAAUUGUUCAACAUCAUUUUCCAGUAAUUGCGAAAUUUUGCAAUAAUAUUCUACACUACUUGCAUGUAUAUUAUAAUAUGUAUAAUCGUUCAUCUGAAUAAUCAUAAUAUGAUAGUUAUAUUACACUGGGCUAUAAAUUCACAUCUACGGUGUUGUUUUCUUCGUUUUGCCAGAUUCACGUAAACCUCGUAUAGGUAUAACAUAUAAUAUUAUGCACAGCUGCAUUUCUUAUUCAAUAGUUAUUAUUAAUUAUAAUUUAAAUACUAUAGUGCUUCUUACAGUCGGCUCAUUUGGCAAACCAUUAUUUUUUUUCCGUCUACUCUUCUCGUCGUUUAUAAGUAUAGAGGCAAAUUCGUUGGUCGCAGAAA